ACCAAAAUCAACUUCAACACCACCACAUCCAAAACAAAAAUCAAAAUCAAAAUCAAAAUCAAAACCAAAACCAAAAUCAACCCCAACUUCAACUUCAACUUCAACCCCAAUGCAUGUACCACCACCACAACAAGCAGCCCCAUCCGUAUAUCCACCAGAGUCAUCCACCCGUCCAGAGUUCGUUGAAGGACCUUCAAUUGAAGAGAAUAACGAAGAACUUGGUGAGUGGGUUACAAUAUUCACAUCACCUUCAUCAUUUGCACAACAACCAAAUGAGGGAAUGUGUGAGGGGCCAUCAAUUGAGGAAUUUGAUGAAGAGCUUGGUGAGUGGGUAACAAUCUAUACCUCACCUUCAUCAUUCGCUCAAUCCACCCAAGGACCAACACCAGAACCAACACCAGAACCAACACCAGAACCAACACCAGAACCAACACCAGAACCAACACCAGAACCAACACCACAACCAAGUACAUCCACCACCUCAUCUGCCUAUCCAAGUUUCUAUGCACCAGAAUCCAAGUACUAUUUUGAAGGUGCAUCAACACAAUCAAAUGAGGGAAUGGGUGAGGGACCAUCAAUUGAGGAGUUUGAUGAAGAACUUGGUGAGUGGGUAACCAUUUACACAUCACAUGCAUUAUUCACACAAUCCACCCCACAACCAACACCAGAACCAAGUACUCCAACCACUGCAUCAAAUUACCCAACAUUUUAUGCACCAGAAUCUAAAUUUGAUAUUUCAGGGGCCCAUAGAAUUUUGUUAUAA